CUCUCUCUCUCUAACACAUCUCUCAUGGCGAGCAGAGGGGACGCUGUCUCUCUUACGGACUGACAGGAGCUCCGCUUUCCUCCUCGCAUUCUUUCCAAAUCACCCAUGAAUUCUCUCGCGUAAAGGGGCGAGAACGUCCGUCCUCUUCCGUCUAAAAGGGUUAAAGAAAAGAAACCUCGCCAUGAACAGCAUGAGCAGUUGCGGUUUCCUGAAUAUGGCGACGAUAGGAGAGUUCGACCCGCUCAACGCCACCAUUCCUGCUACAAAAGUUGAGAUUACGGUCUCGUGCAGAAACCUGCUUGACAGAGACACAUUUUCCAAAUCAGAUCCAAUCUGCGUGCUGUACACCCAAGGCAUUGGCAACAAAGAGUGGCGAGAGUUUGGACGAACGGAAGUCAUCGAUAACACUUUGAACCCAGAUUUUGUGCGAAAAUUCAUAUUGGACUACUUCUUUGAAGAAAGACAGAACUUAAAGUUUGAUCUGUAUGACGUUGACUCCAAGAGCACCAACCUUUCGAAACAUGAUUUUCUUGGUCAGGCCUGCUGUACAUUGGGUGAGGUGGUGGGAUCAUUGGGUGGCCGUAUGGAGAAGUCUCUUGGGGGGAUUCCAGGGAAGAAAUGUGGGACAAUUAUUGUAAAGGCAGAGGAGCUUAGCAACUGCAGGGAGUCUGUGAUGAUGCAAUUUUGUGGCAACAAACUGGACAAAAAGGACUUCUUUGGCAAAUCGGACCCCUUCUUAGUGUUUUAUCGCAGCAAUGAAGAUGGAACAUUCACCAUUUGCCAUAAGACAGAGGUGGUGAAGAACACGCUGAACCCUGUGUGGCAAGCCUUUAAAAUCCCGGUCAGAGCCCUGUGCAAUGGCGAUUAUGACAGAACGAUCAAGGUUGAAGUGUACGACUGGGAUCGGGAUGGCAGUCAUGACUUCAUUGGAGAAUUCAGCACAAGUUACAGGGAACUGUCAAGAGGCCAGUCACAAUUUAACGUGUACGAGGUCAUAAACCCCAAGAAGAAAGGCAAGAAGAAAAAAUAUCUUAACUCCGGGACUGUGACACUGCUAUCGUUUCUUGUCGAUACCGAAGUCACCUUCCUGGACUACAUCAAAGGCGGGACUCAGAUUAAUUUCACAGUGGCGAUUGAUUUCACGGCUUCUAACGGCAACCCAGCCCAACCCACUUCCCUCCAUUACAUGAAUCCCUAUCAGCUCAACACCUACGCUAUGGCACUCAAAGCCGUGGGGGAGAUCAUACAGGACUAUGACAGCGACAAGAUGUUCCCCGCGCUGGGUUUCGGAGCCAAACUGCCUCCUGAUGGGAGAAUAUCCCAUGAGUUCGCUCUGAAUGGAAACCCUCAGAAUCCAUAUUGCAAUGGCAUUGACGGAGUCAUGGAGGCCUAUUACCAGAGUCUAAAAUCCGUUCAGCUCUACGGCCCUACCAACUUCUCACCUGUCAUUAACCACGUAGCCAGAUACGCUGCCUCAGUAAAGGAUGGAUCACAGUACUUCAUCCUCCUCAUCAUCACGGAUGGAGUGAUAUCAGAUAUGGCCCAGACAAAGGAGUCCAUUGUUAAUGCUGCAUCUCUUCCCAUGUCAAUUAUUAUUGUUGGAGUCGGACCGGCCGAGUUUGACGCCAUGAUCGAGUUGGAUGGUGAUGAAGUCAGAAUCUCAUCGAGGGGCAGAUACGCCGAGAGAGAUAUCGUACAGUUCGUUCCGUUCAGAGACUACAUCGAUCGCACCGGGAAUCACAUCCUCAGCAUGGCCCGCUUGGCCAAAGACGUACUUGCGGAGAUCCCAGACCAGUUCCUGUCCUACAUGAGGACCAGAGGAAUCAAGCCGUCUCCCGCUCCCCCUCCGUACACCCCCCCGGGACACCCGCUGCAAACUCAGAUCUAAAACGGGGGCCCAGGAAGCUAGCCUUGCAGUAUCUCAGUAUCGCUCAGUGAGAUGAAGUUUUCCUCAGCUCUUUCUGUCCCUUUCUCUUUGCACUACGGGGGCUGCAGACGGACAGCGCGGUUAGACGGGGGUCCUGAGAACAGGUUUACUUCCAUUACAGGCGUUCCCUGUCAGGAUGUCUCUCAGUUUCGCUCUCUGUCUCUCGAAAUGCCCGGCUAGCUCGUUUUUCCGAAAGGCCACACUGUAGACCGAACUUCACGGUUAACCGCGAAAAGAAAGGUAAGCUGUGCGUAGACAACAAAAAAAAAAAUUAAAAAGCGACGUUGCGCCCUGUCUCGGAACAGCAGAGCAGCUUCCUCUUCCUCAGAUCAGGAAAAGGCUAACAAACCGCCAGUCGCCAACGGACUGUUGUAAAUAACUUUUGAAGUAGACUUCUUCCGUCGUUUCUUAUCUCUUCCUCCUCUUUCUUCUCUGAGCUCUCACUCAAUGUUUACAUGUCGAUGAUUUUCUUACUGUUAAAUCGAACUUUUGUAAGCGUGUAUCUUUAACAUGAACUUUGCCGUGCAAAUCUUCGCAGCGUGUUAUCUUUGCCGUGCCCCCCGUCGGGUGGCAGGGGCCGACGUUGUUGCGGAAAACCACAUUUCUUGCAUGGAGAUGCUACGCUCAGGCAUGCAAUGCAUGUUGUGCAGCGUUCAUGUCAUUUGGCCUUUUCUCAUUUUCUAUUUUCUCUCACUCACUUUCUCUAUUUUUUUUUCGUCCUGGCACAGGCACGAUAGACGGGCGCCAUUGUGUAUAAAUAACCUCGUGGAAGCCGACGCGCUUCGUUACAUUUAAUUCUGAGCAGCUGCUCUCAAACAAGAGCCCAGCGGU